UGGCCACAAGGAUUUUCACACUCAGCUUCAGAGUCCAGGCCAGCCUCUAGGCGGUCAGGGACCUCUGUGGUGUCCGUACCCAGGAUGAUGCCUUACAGAGAGAGACGCCUGGGCCCUGCCCUCUCCCCACUGCCGGCUGCCAGUCCCCGCUGUGUGAUCCGAGGGGCAGCCUUUGCCUACUCUCCCAGUCCUCAGGUUCUACAUCGGAUUCCUGGAACCCCAACUUAUGCCUUCCCCACCAUGGGGCCGGGGGGCCUUCCUGAGUGUGGCUGUCUGUGCGGAGAGCCCCUGGAACGCUAUGAACCUGACCCUCUGCCCCCCAAGUUGGCUCUGGAGGACACACAGAAAUCAGAACCAGGUCCCCCCCAGAGGCUCCACUCAGCCUGCAUCACUGUCCUCAAGGUCCCCAUGAUGCUUGUCUUCCUCUACCUCUUUGUCUGCUCCUUGGAUGUGCUCAGCUCAGCCUUCCAGCUUGCUGGGGGGAAGGUGGCUGGUGACAUCUUCAAGGACAACGCCAUCCUGUCCAAUCCUGUAGCUGGGCUGGUGGUGGGGAUUCUGGUGACGGUCUUGGUGCAGAGCUCGAGCACAUCCACCUCCAUCAUAGUCAGCAUGGUCUCCUCAGGCUUACUGGAGGUCAAGUCUGCCAUUCCCAUUGUCAUGGGCUCCAACAUUGGCACAUCUGUCACCAACACCAUUGUGGCAUUAAUGCAGUCUGGAGAUAGAAGUGACUUUCGAAGGGCUUUUGCAGGGGCCACAGUCCAUGACUGCUUUAACUGGCUAUCCGUUCUUGUCCUUCUGCCCCUGGAGGCAGCUACCGGGUACUUACAUCACCUCACUCACCUAGUGGUCACUUCUUUCAAAAUAAGACGUGGCAAAGAUGCUCCAGACCUGCUUAAGAUCAUUACUGAGCCCUUCACCCGACUCAUUAUCCAGUUGGAUAAAUCUGUGAUCAAUAGCAUCGCCACAGGGGAUGAGACACUUCGAAACCACAGUCUCAUUCGGAUUUGGUGUGAUCCUAGCCCCUCAGAGGUUAUUUCUGACAUGUCCCAGGCAGAGACCAAUAUCAGCUGGAUUCUGGGGAACAGCACUGGGGAGAAAUGUCAGCAUCUGUUUGUGGACACCUCUCUGCCUGACCUGGCUGUGGGCCUGAUCCUGCUUGCUGGCUCCCUUACUGUGCUCUGUACCUGCCUCAUUCUCCUGGUGAAGCUGCUGAAUUCUGUGCUCCAAGGACAGGUAGCCAAGGUUGUCCAGAAGGUCAUCAACACUGAUUUCCCAUAUCCCUUCACCUGGGUGACUGGCUACUUCGCUAUGCUGGUGGGCGCUGGAAUGACUUUUGUGGUACAGAGUAGCUCCGUGUUCACCUCAGCCAUCACCCCACUCAUUGGUCUGGGUGUGAUUAGCAUCGAGAGAGCCUAUCCCCUCACUCUGGGCUCCAACAUUGGCACUACCACCACUGCUAUCCUUGCUGCCCUUGCCAGCCCCAAAGAAAAGCUCGCCAGUGCCUUCCAGAUUGCCCUGUGCCACUUCUUUUUCAAUAUUUCGGGCAUCUUGCUGUGGUACCCACUCCCAUGCACACGGCUGCCCAUCCACAUGGCCAAGGCCCUGGGCCGACGCACUGCCAAAUACCGCUGGUUUGCUGUGCUCUACCUGCUGGUCUGCUUCCUGCUGCUGCCCUCGGUGGUGUUCGGGGUCUCUAUGGCAGGCUGGCGGGCCAUGGUGGGUGUGGGGGCCCCUUUUGGGGCUUUGCUGGCCUGUGUUACCCUCAUCAACCUACUCCAAAGUCGAAGCCCUACUCGGCUGCCCAAGUGGCUCCAGACUUGGGAUUUCCUUCCUCAGUGGAUGCACUCGCUGAAGCCCCUUGACCAGCUAAUCACUCGUGCCACCCUUUGUUGUACCCGCCCCGAGCCACGCUCCCCACCACUGCCCACCCGAGUUUAUCUCGAGGAGCUCCCCCCAGGCACCCCUUCCCCACGCCUUGGGGUGCUCCCCCAGCACAAUGCCACGAGGCUCUAACGGCGACCAAGGGGGAGUCCCGGGAGCUGUUCCUACAAGGGCUCAUGCCAAAGUGUGUCUAUUUGUGUAUGUGUGUGUUUGGGUGUAUGUGUCUGUGCUGGGGGCAUGAACAUAGAGUCAGAUAAUGUUAGUACGGGAAGAGACCUCCCAUAGUCCCACCACCUCUUUUUACAGAUGAGGAAAGAGAGGCCCAGAGAAGGAAAGAGGGAUUUGCCAAAAGUCACCCAACGGGUCAGUGCUAGUCAGCAUUCAGCCUAGUCUCCGACUCAGCCAGUUUAUCUCGAUGUCACAGAUGUUUCUGCCUGUCUCUGUGUUUCUCUGUCAGUGUUCAUGUGUGUCCAUGCAUGCUUCUGUGCCCGAGUGCAUGGGACAGGCUAGGAAUCCACAUGUGCACCUGUAUGUGUUUGCAUAUGUCAUACCUGGUGGGGAUGCAUCUCUACACGAUCUACUUCUGCACACUCGUGAGCUUUUAUAUCUGUACAUUUGGAUGUCCUUAUAUGCUAGGAGAUCUGGGAGAAGAAAGGCCUUUCUCCAUUUAAUGAUAAAGAUACUGAAAAAGUGAUUUUUCGGGACAGCUAGGUGAUGCAGUGGAUAGAGCACCAGCCCUGAAGUCAGGAGGAUCUGAGUCAAAUCUGACUUCAGACACUUAGCACUUCCUAGCUGUGAGACCCUGGGCAAGUCACUUAAUCCCAAUUGCCUCAGGAAAAAAAAAGUGGUUUUUCAUGGCCCCUCUGGGAUCCUAAGAAGGAGUUGGAGGAUGGUUUCUGAAGACCAGAAAAUUGUCCUAACUACCACCACCACCCCAGGGUCUUUAGUUCUAGACUCCCAUGCUCAGGCUUUCCCCAACCCUAGUAUCUUGCUCUUAGGAAGGAAUCUGUCCAGGUGGGACUAAAGGAAAACAAUGGGAUGGGGAAUGAGAGGGAAGGUUUCAGAGUAACUUGACAUCAAGUCCUCUAGACACCUUUUCCACUUCCUCAUCCUCAUCCCCUCUCCUCUUCCUCUUCUCUUCCUUCUACUUCUCUUCUUCCUUUUCUCCCUCUAUUCUCCUGCUCCUCCUUCUCAUCUUCCUUUCCCCUCUUGGCCAAUAGUUGACUUGAGCUCACAUACACUAUAGGAGUUAUGCUGAGAGUUCUCCUCUCCUCAAUUACAUUGUCAUUUCCUGGCCAAUAUCUCACCAGAGCCCCUCCCCCCUUUAUGGUCCUGACCCAACCUGUCUGUUAAGGAUUGGCCAAAGGAGAACUCAGCCUGAGUCAGGUCAUGCAGAGCUGGGAAAUGGGAUGUGACAACUGCUUUCCCAUGCUUCUACUCAUCAAACUGUCCCUCAAGAUCCAGAGCUUUCCCUGCUCAGGACUAGGGGCUGCUUCAUUGCCUUUUAUCUCAUCCUUACAGCCCUUGGCCCCACCAGGCUGAAAUGGAGACUAGGUUAGCCAGUGGCAGACAGGACCUGGCCCUUGGCAGUUACUCAGGUGUGGGAGGUUCCUUGCCAGGAUGCAAAGGUCCUCAGAGGAAAAAAAAGAAUGAAUUCAUAACUGGAUCUGGAUCCUUCCUCUUUGGAGGGUUUCUUUCUUUCUAAUUGGCCUGAACAGAAGGAAGGGUCAUAGUUCUGCAGUUAUCAGUCACCCUUGCUCAGAUUUUCCUAGCUUGUUUGGCCUAAGGAGAAAACAAAAUUCCUUCGCUUCAUUUUCUUAAAAUGAAACUUUAGCAAGGAAUGAAGAAGGGAAAGAACAUGAAGAAAAGGACAUAAACCUAACUGGGCAGCCUUCCUAGGACAUGAGCAUUCCCUUGAAGCCAGCUCAGGAGACCUUUGCAAAGGAGUCGCCCAAAUGAAAGUCACACUUGCAGACCACCACAGGGUAAGGACUAGAUCUUGGUCUCAUUACCAUCUCUACCAAUCCAGACCAUUGCCUUCUCUGUCAUGAAUAGUCUUAAAAGUAACACUGAAGGACUUGCCUGGCAGGUUCAUAGUCAGGAAAUGCCAGACCCAGAACUGGAAUCCAAUAUUUCCUAACUUCAAGGCCAGCUUUCUAUCCACCAUGUCACAUGGCCUCUCAAUAUUCUUUAAGUAACAGUAAUAAUUAUAGCAAUAAUGACAAUAACAAUACUGGCUUGAUCCAUCAUCUAGCCUUCCCUUACCUCAGAAAGGAGGAUAUAUAGCCUCAAAUGGUGAGGUGGGUCAAUGCCUCAGGAAAAAAAAAAAGGAAGGAAGGAAGGAAGGAAGGAAGGAAGGAAGGAAGGAAGGAAGGAAGGAAGGAAGGAAGAAAGAAAGAAAGAAAGAAAGAAAGAAAGAAAGAAAGAAGGAAGGAAGGAAGGAAGGAAGGAAGGAAGGAAGGAAGGAAGAAAAAGAAAGAAAGAAAGAAAGAAAGAAAGAAAGAAAGAAAGAAAGAAAGAAAGAAAGAAAGAAAGAAAGAAAGAAAGAAAGAAAGAAAGGAAGGAAGGAAGGAAGGAAGAAAGAAAGAAAGGAAGGAAAGAAAAGUUAGUGGAAGGCCAGGGUGAUCCUUCCUUUUUUUUUUUUUUCCUGAGGCAAUCAGGGUUAACUGACUUGCCCAGAUUCCCAAAGUUAGUAGGUGUCCAAGGUGGGAUUUUAACUCCGGUCUUAGCUGAUUUUAUGGUUGGUGCUCUAUACAUCCACUGCACCACUUAGCUACUCCUCACUAUCUUUUGUAGACUUGCCUGAUUCCCAGGUCCCUUCCUGGAUACUGUCCUUGCUUGACAUGUAGCUCAGGGUCUUGCUACCCUUUUCCCAACCCCACCCUCCCUAGAUGACUAAGUCUUUUAUCUGUUUCUCUUUAUGAUUCCAUCUCCCCAUAUUUUAGACUAGCAAAGCAUUUUUAAAAGAAUUAUGGCUUUAAGUCCAGAAGGAUCAUAGGGAUUAUUACAUACAAACUGGAAAAAAAUGAGACCCUGGGUUAGUAAAGAGAUGUGCCCAAUGUUACUUAGGUAAUAAGGGGCAGAAUUAGAAUUUUGGUCUUUUCAUUCCAAAUUUACUGGUUCAAUCUUCAAUGAUAGAGUGACAGAUUUGCAUAAUCACUAGCCUAGAUAGUCACUUCAUCCCAACCCCAGCUCCAACCCUAGUAACCAAAGAAAAAAAAAAGGCCAAAGAAUUAUAGGUAUGACUUACAAAAAUCAGAAUAAUUCAACUCAUUACACAGAGGAAACCCAAAGUAGACACUCCUUCCUUUAAAAAAAAAAAAAAGUUUAAUUGCUAUCUUUCUUUCUUACAUCAUUAUUACUUCCCAAUAUCUCUUCCAACAUCUGUUUCUUCACAGUCUUAUCUGCCAAGUCAUCUCUUCAGUUUUUUAAAAGCACUCCCCUCAUUCCAAAGAAGCUAAAAAACUCUGGAUUUCACAGAUGUCCAGGAGGGACUGGGGGCUGCACCAACUGAGGGGCAGUGGAUCUGGGGUUUGAUUCCAUCAGAGAGUAAAUAAACCCUGAAGGGAGAAUGCCCUGAUGCUCAGAUAUAUAACCUCUCACCAUUCAUUCUCCCUAUUCUCCAAGAAAAUUAAAAUUCCUAUAUAAGGAUAGAGAUAACUCCUGAGGGAAACUCCUAGAAAGCAGAAGCAUCAGGGAAACUUCACCUCCUUGCUUACAAACACACUUUCCCAUCCUUGGCUUGGUCCAGCCUCAGAGUAGGUCAGUCCAAGCCAGAGCCCAGAAGCCUGAAUGAGGAAAUGCAUCUGUUCAAGAUUUCCAGCCAAUUUAGGUGACCUGGAACCAGAUUCUUUUUUGACUCAUUGGCCAUAACUGAGAAAUGGGAACUAUGUAAGUUGCCCAUAUUUAGCGAUGAAAUUUGCUCUGAUAUCCUGAAUUGGAAAAGGCCUUAAAAGGUGGAAAGGAGGAAGAAGGAGGCAUUUCAUACAGAACUGAGGUUUAUAAGUAGGCCAGGGAAAGAGAACAUAAGAGAAGAAAGUAGGAAACCUGGACCCCUGCCUUCUUGGGAGCAGUCCUAGCUGUCCACUUUCCCCUCUCAUAGGAGGCCAACAGAGUAGAUGGGUUUGAGCUGAGCCUCUAAGAUCAGCCUGAAGUCUCAUUUCCCUUAGGAAUUGGCAGCCUCAAGUAGCUAAACCCCUAGAAUAUUUGGGUACCUAUGUCAACUCUUCCCAUGUCUCAGUUUCUGUCUUCUUCAAACUGUUAGAGUAUGGUCAAUAUUAUAGAAGAUUCAUUUAUUCUCAAGAAUAAGAUUAAUAAUGGCUAGCACUUAUAUACUAUCAGCUAUGUUCCAGACACUGUGCUAAAUACUUGAUAAUUAUCUCAUUUGAUCAUUUCAAGGAAGGUGCUAUUAUUAUCCUCAUUUUAUAGUUGUGGAAACUGUAACUUGCCCAGUCACAUAGUUACUAAGUGUCUGAGGGCAGACUCUGGUCUUCCUGACUCUAAGCUCACAAUUCUUACCGAAUACAUCAUCUAGCUAUCCUAUUUUUUUUUCAUUCAUUAUGAGACAUCCAUAAAAUAGAUGUAUAAAGUACCUGUGGAGAAAGAUAAAUAAGACAGUGCCAGUCCUCGUAGAUCUUACAGCCUAGUAAGAGAGAUAGACACCUAUUUGAUAAAUAAAUUAGAAUGCAUUAAGUACAAAGGAAGAGUAAAAAGUGCUAUGAGAUUUGAUAAUUGUGGGAUCAUUUCUAGUAUGGGAUAUGAGAAAAGAUUUCUUAGGAGAGGUAGCUGAGUCUGGAAGGAUAGGUAGAACUUUAGGUAAAGAGAGGAGAAGGAGAGAAAGAAAAAGAGAGGGGAAGGAGAAAGGGAGAGAGAGGAGGAGAUAAUUUCUAUGAAGAAUAAAUGGAUUAAGCAAUAACCACGUAAAGAUAUUAGAAGACAACCAAAGAUUUCAGGGCAUCCUGAUCACAUGAAGAGAAGCUGGUCUAUUUGGAAGUUUCACUGAGAUACUGAUACAAAGAGAAGGAUCCCAGAGGAGCUGGAAUGUUCUCCAACAGGGAUAUUAGGAUGCUUAUAUAGUAUUACCAUCCCUGUCACCCAAGAUUUAAGACAAGCAGCAUAUGGCGCACUGGCAGCCAGACUUCUACCAUUUCACCAAUUCCCCAGACUGUUUCUGAAGUGUGAGAGCACACACACACACACACACACACACACCCCAAGAGACAGGCAGCAUCCUCAGGGAUUCCUCCAUUGUAUGCACCAUGACUGACUAUGCAUCUGCAUCAGAGUAUAUCCAAGUAACAAAAGUCUCCCUGCCUAUAAGAGCCUCCAGCAAACAAAUAGGCUGUUUCCUUUAGGGACCAAGCUCCUUGUCACUGAAGGUAUUCAAACAGAAACUGGAGCUAUCCUGGAGCAAAAGAGGACUAGAAGUGGUGGCAGAUGGUUGGGAUAGAAUGAUCUGUGAAGUACUUUCCCAUGAGAUUAUGUGAUUCUAUGAAUAUACAGAAGCCUUUACUUUUAUCUAAUCUCUUAUCACCUUGGGACAAUAAAUCAGUCAUAUAUAUUUAAAGCCCAAACACAGGUGUACUGAGUGCCAUUUUGUGCAACACUCCUACCCCGUCUCUUCCCUAACUCUUCUUCAAUUCCCCACCUUUACCCUCCCAUCCCUAGCUUGGCAAUGACUUGGAUAAUAUAGAGUUAGGUGGGAAAGGGAAGCACAGGAGUAAUCCUUCUAAAGAGCAGCAAGUGAUUUCAUUUGGAAGUAGGUAAUAGAGGUAUUUACAGGUUUCAGGAACAACCAGAAUGCCGGUAUAUGGUAUUUGGAGGUUUGGUUCCAAUCCAAGCAACCACAUGAAAACUUUGAGGGCUGGGAGCAGGGGAGAGAGCCUAUUUCUGACUCCAUAUGACUGAGGAGAUUGUCCUGUAUGAUGACUAGUCUUCUAAAUGGCCACAGAGCUGGAAUAACCAAUGACUCUGACAAGUUAUAACUGACAAGGUUUACAAAAGGGACAGCUGGCCCAUAUGUCACUUUGUAGCUGUGAGGAAGCAGGACUAUUUCCUGAGAGUCUGCUGAGAGAGGAACAGCAAAACCCUGUCUCCCUUCUGCCUUAGAAAAUAUUAAUUACUCAUAAUUUGUGGUAGGUGAGUGCUUCCCAAGUUCACCUUGGAAGCCCACCUAUCAAGACAUUCACAAUAAUUCUAUGAAAAAUACAUAGACACACACAAGCAACCUCUCUACAGAAAUAUAGACAGAUAUAAUUACUCAUGAUUGGGCUAUGCCAAAAUAAUAAAAAUGACAAUGUUACCUAAGCUAAUUUACUUAUUACCAUGGCAUUCUAACUAUAUAAGGGUAACUUCACAGAGUUAGAAAAGAUAACAAAAUUCAUCUGGAAGAACAAAAAAGUCCAAGGAUCUCAAGGGAAAUGACAAGAAAAAAGUGAGAAGCAAGGAGGGUAAUAGUGCUAGACCUCAAACUAUGCUAAACAACAGUAAUCAUCAAAACUAUUUAGUGCUAAUUAAUUGAGCAAAUGAAGCAAAUGAAAAUAGUAGAAUGAUGGCAGGUACAAGUAAAUUAAAGUAGUAAAAGAGUAUUUGAUAAAAGUCCCCAAACCGCAACUACUACUGGGAAGUUUCUCUUUUUAAUUAAAAAAAAAACUGAAAAAAAAAAGGAAAGCAAUGUAGCAGAAAUUAGAUUUAGAUCAGCAUUUACCACAUUACCACAUGUACCACAAUAAGAUCUACAAGGAUCUACUCAUAAAAGUCCAUAUCAUAAAAUAGAGGAUUGAGAAAUGUCUUUCUGAUGGGAUGUCUUUUGCAACUAUAGAUGGGAUGAGAGUUCUUGACCAAGCAAGUGACUGAAAGAAAUGUAAAAAUUACAGAAAUCAAUUUUGAUUAAUAAAAGUAGAAAACUUUGGCACAAACAAAA